ACGUGGAACACUUCGAAACAAAAGAGACCUUCGCAAUAAUAGUUAAAGAAGUGUGGUAAAGGCCUAUAUGACUGCAUGUAGACUUUUUGCCUCGUGAAGUUUACAGUCCCAAUGCAUGGAGUUACACUGAGCGCACUAUAAUUUCCCCCAUAUCUUUCUCGACUGACACGGAAGGUGGAAUCGAAUUGCAGUUGGAUUUUUUUGGGGGAGUGGAAGGAUUUAGGAAGCAAUGGAACACUGAGCGAGAAAAGUAACAAUUAGCAUACCGAACGUCGCAGAGAGAAAACUUUACUUUGAAAAAGGACAGCACAAAACGAUCCAAAUGGCUGAACAGCACUCCGACCUGGAAAAGGCCAUCAACACUUUGGUCACAAAGUUCCAUGCCGCUGCGGCCAAUAAAGGUCCCACGCUCCAAACCAAAGAGUUCAAAGACCUCCUCUCCUCCCAGCUGCCCAACUUAGUCAAGACUGGAGGCUCAGAGCAGGGUCUGGGCGAGGUGAUGAGACAGAUGGGUGUGUCGGACGGCGAGGGAAUCACCUUCAAACACUUCUGGGGCUUGAUCCAGUCACUGGCCACCACGCAGCAUGGUCUUCUCAGCAGCGAGAAGGUGUCCAAGUGCAGCUGUGUGCUCCUGUAAGGUCCAUGCCUUCUGAUGGUGGUGUGAGCCAGGGGAGAACCAGACAGCCUCAUAGUAUCCCACCCUGUGUCAGUACCCCUUCUCACCGUACUACUCCCAUCCAGUCCUGGACACUCACAUAGUACUCACCCCCUCCACGACAGGCCUUUUUAUGUACAUCUCCCAUGCUUGGUAGUGCCAGCAGUGCUCAUCUCUUAGCUCUAUACCACUUGGUUUACAGGAUUUUUGUUGUACUCCAUGAGUGUUAUAAGUGUUGGUCUUUCCAUCCAAAAAACCCUGAACGGCUUUCCUUUUGGCCUACUACUAGUGUAACCACUGCAAAGAAUCCUUAGAUGACGUAUGACCCAAAGUGAAAUCAGAAAAGCAUGAGCCAGCUUUAGGUGCUUUGCAAGAAAUAAAUAUGAAUUUACAUAUGGCAGUACACAUUAGUGGAAAGCACCUUUGAGCCACCAGUAGUCUCAUACAUACAGUGCUGGUGAUGCAGUGUCCCCAUAGCAUGUUUCCUUAAACAAUGUUUUCCCCACUGUGGUAUUGCAGUUUUGUAUUUAUACUUUGUAAUUCUCUUUAUACUGGCCAUUGUAAUAACAUCGUAAAACAUGACCAAAAAUGUUCUAAUAAAAUAUUGCAACAAUGGUGACCUCCA